AUGUCUGAUGAUGAAGAGCCACUCGAAGUUGUUCUUGCAAAAAUCAAGGCUCAAGAGGAGAGCGAAGCAUUAGCGAGACAGCUUCAGCAAGAAUGGGAUAACCCUUCCAGUGGUUCCGGUAAUGCUACUUCCUCUGAUCUCAUGCAACACAGCAGUACCGGUACCGAAGAAAGUGACGAGGCCCUGGCUAGGCGUUUGGCGAAGGAAUGGGAGGUGAUGGAUGCGGUUACGGCCGACCUUCUCCACUCCUCAGAAAAGCACUCGCCCUCAUCGUCUACAUCUAUCAAAAGCGAAGCUUCAAAGUCGAGAUAUAGCGCAGGUCGCGGUAAAGGUAAAGGUGCAAGUACGAAUAAUUCUAUUCUGAAGAGAUCGAACCAGCUUGCCUCCCACUGGGAUGAAGUUGUUGUCCGUGCGCUGCAGACGAUCACGGACCUUCUCCCUUCUCCUUAUUCUAGCUCGCCCCAGAUCUAUGAUAUGGUUCCUCAUGCUUCUGUCGCUGCCUUGCUCUUGGGUUCUCAGCUACCCAAUUUACUUGGUGAUCUGUUGCGUAAUGACUCUGUGACGGACUGGAUCGUGCGUAUGGAAAUCUACCAUGCUAUGCUUGCGUUGUUGCGGCGGUUAGCGGACUGUGAAUUAACCAUAGAGGUUCUAAUCUGCCAGAGAUGGGAACUUGAGAGGAGCUGUGGUUUGGAAGACUGGAUGUGGGGUGAUGGCGAGAUUCUCUGGGAAACCACUAGAUCUGACAAUGGUAGCCCAGGACAACUUGUCCCAGCCUCUCCACUCUAUGUGCACUUCAGGAAGCUCACUAGACAGUGUGAAACAUUCCUUUCAGGGGUUUCCAGUAUGCUUGAGAUGAAAAGCAACGAAAACGAAGAUGUGCGAGAUUUAAAGGGCAAAAGUCGAGGCCCAUCUAUUGUAUCAGAGAGGACUUAUCAGCAGGAAUGCGAUCGGCUGGCAUUCCAGCAUAUCGCUCUGUCACGGGAAACUCUAGAUGGUAAAGGAUUAGUAUAUCCAACUUUCAAUUAUACCCAGGAAGUGACUAGCACUUCGUCUGCGACUAGAAAUCCGAAGGAUAGGCUGCAUUUGAUCAAGGAGCUGGCGGUCAUGGCCACCAGCCUUCCUCCUGGUGUGUGGAUGCGUGUGGAUGAGGUGCGCAACGAUGUAAUCAAAUCUAUGGUUGCUGGCCCUGAAGGAACACCAUACGCAGGGGGACUCUUUGAGUUCGAUUGUUUUAUCCCGUUAGAGUAUCCUGUGAAACCACCUCUUAUGCACUUGCGCACUACCGGCGGCAGCACAGGACCUGGCCUGGUCGUGGUCUUCGAAAUCGACUUUAUUGCAGGUGGUCGUGUCGAUCCAGAGCAUGAUAUUGGUGGACCUGCCCUAUUUUAA